GGCUGCGGAUUGAGUAGUCCGUUGGACCGACUGUGAGCUACCGAACUUGAAAUACAAGAGGAGAGCUAGAAAAAGAAAGCCCCACCAUCCCGCCACCUGAUCAUCGAUCCCCCCACACUCGAUUCGGUCAAAAUGGGAUUUAUCUUUUCCAAAUCUAUGAAUGAAAACAUGAAAAACCAACAGGAAUUCAUGCUUAUGAAUGCUCGGCUUCAGCUGGAAAGACAGCUAAUGAUGCAGCAGGAAAUGCGGGAGCGACAAAUGGCUAUGCAGAUUGCCUGGACUCGGGAAUUUCUCAAGUAUUUUGGAACAUUUUUUGGCAUUGCGGCAGUAUCUCUAACAGCUGGAGCAAUCAAAAACAAGAAACCUUUCCUCUUUUUCCCACUAAUUCCACUAAGUUUUGUCUUUGCCUAUGAAUAUGACAUGGGUUAUGGAACCCUUCUACACAGAAUGAAAGGUGAAGCGGAGAACAUACUUGAAACAGAAAAUGAGAAAUUGCAGCUCCCAAAAGGAAUGAUCACAUUUGAAAGCCUGGAAAAAGCCAGAAGAGCUCAGAGCAAAUUCUUCAUAGAAAAAUGAAGGGAUAUUUCUAACAAUCAAUACUCAAAGCGUAAAUGAUUUGUGUGAAAUCA